GCAUGGCCAUACAAAAUGAAGGGUUAACAUCAAGCAGAUGAGGAGGGUAGGUGAAUUCACUUUCCAAUUUCUUUUUCCUAUUCAAAAUUCCAAGAGAUUGGAAGACUCUAAGCGGCGUACUGCAUAAAUCUUGUCUUUCCAGCCAAUUAUGCUAAGUUGAUUGAAUCUUGGUUAAGGCGAUAUUCGACUUCCAUGGCUCUAAAGAUCUCUCUUGUUCAAAUACUAGCUUUAUUUUUUCCCUUUUCGGUUUUUGUUAGCCCGUUGAAUUUCAGUUAUCCGGCAGUUUUCAACUUCGGUGAUUCGAAUUCAGACACCGGCGGUCUUGCUGCAGGAUUUGCAUUUCCACUGGGAUUACCUAUGGGACAAACCUACUUCCAUGAAUCAUCUGGGCGAUUCUGCGAUGGCCGUUUGAUCAUUGAUUUUCUAAUGAAUGUGAUGGGCCAACCAUUUCUCAGUCCAUACUUGGACUCCAUUGGUGCCCCUGACUUCAGAACUGGGUGUAAUUUUGCAGCUGGAGGGGCAACUAUUCUCCCACCAACUCCAUAUUCAAUGUGCCCUUUUCCCUUUAAUUUGCAGGUAGCUCAGUUCAUCAGAUUCAAGACUCGAGUCCUUGAAUUAUUAGCGGAAGAUAAUAAAUUAAAAGACUAUCUUCCUCCGGAAGAUUAUUUCAAGGAGGGCCUUUAUAUGUUUGAUAUGGGUCAGAAUGAUCUUGAAGGAGAAUUCUAUUUCAGAUCUGAGGACCAAGUGGACCAAGUACUUGCUUUUAUUCCCAGCUUAUUGGCCCAAGUUGAGAAUGGAUUUCAGAAAUUGUACAAUGAGGGUGCAAGGAACUUCUGGGUUCAUAACACUGGUCCGCUGGGAUGUUUACCCAGACUCAUCACAACAUUUGGUAAAAAUUCAUCAGAGCUCGACCAGCUUGGGUGCGUUAAAUCACUCAAUAAUGCUGCUAUUCUUUUCAAUUCACAGCUCCGGGAUUUAUGUACCAAGUUUCAGGAAAAUUUUCCCGAAGUUAAUGUUACCUUUGUUGACAUUUUCUCCAUAAAGUUAGACCUUAUUUCAAAUUAUUCUCAGUACGGAUUCAAGGAGCCUUUGGCUGCUUGCUGCGGCUAUGGUGGGCCGCCAUUGAAUUUUGAUUCUCGAAUAGUUUGUGGGCAAACUAAGAUUCUGGAUGGGAGCACAGUGACAGCCAAAGCAUGCAGCAACACAAGUGAGUUUAUAAACUGGGAUGGCACUCACUAUACAGAAGCUGCAAACCGGCAUGCUUUUGAACAAAUACUGAAAGGAAAUUACUCUUACCCUCGCAUGUCGAUGAAUGAGCCAUUGGAAAUUCCUGUUGCCCUUCCAUCUCAGUGAACUAUAAUCAGCGUGGGCUUUUAUGGUUUUUAGCAUGAGAAAGCAGAGUAAAUUAAGUUCCAUCAUAUAACAGUUUUCCCAAAUUACCCCUACUUGCUGUGUCUUGGAAGACAGGCAGAAAGGCAAGCAGUCAUCGGUUUUGUGAAAUUUGGUUGCUCAUAAAAGUGGUCUAGUCCAUUCGACUACCUAAAUGAAUAGAAAACGCACCAACUAAUUAUUUUAUCUUGCAAUUUUUCUUGUUUGUUGAGAUUUUAUGUUGGCACUUUCCUGUCACAGAAAUGCUGACGUGAUGCUAUACCCGUGUCUUUGCAUGGAUAAUUCUUUGAAUGUUGAUAUGCAAAUGAAUUGUUGGUCAGUUCUUCUGACUGUUUCUUAUGAAUUGAUUCAUUUGGUGAAUUAUUUGUGCAAACUUAAACUCUCCUAUGCUGGAAGGAAUAAGAAUAGUCUUCUUCAA